AUGGCAUCAACAACUACGCCGGUCGAGAAAUCCAAGGAAGAAUGGAGAGCAAUUCUUUCCCCCGAGCAGUUUCGCAUCCUCCGCCAGAAAGGAACUGAAUUGAAGGGUACCGGAGAGUAUAACAAGUUUUAUGAAGAAGGGAUUUACAAUUGUGCUGCCUGUGGAACUCCGCUUUAUAAGUCUACCACCAAAUUUGAUUCUGGUUGUGGUUUUCCUACUUUCUUCGAGGGUUUUCCUGGAGCCAUCAAUCGGUUUCUAAGUCCUGAUCUAGGUGGUAGAAGGACUGAGAUAACUUGUGCAGCAUGUGGUGGGCCUUUGGGUCAUGUAUUCAAGGGAGAAGGGUUCAAGGUUCCAACGGAUGAACGUCAUUGUGUCAAUAGUGUUUCUGUCAAGUUCAUUCCUGGAAAUGUUGCUUCUUCCAUAUGA